AUUAGUUGUUUUGCAUGUUGUCUCUCCCAUUUGUUCCCAAAUAAGUGGACAUUUUUCAAGAAGCUGAAAUCCCAUCUUGGGUUUUUCUUUGUUAUUAAAAAAAUCUAAUCUUUUUGGUCUCCAAACAAAAAAAAGAAUGGAGAUUCCAUCAAGUAAUGAGGAUGCAGAAAUGGCAAUUCCCAUCAACAGCACAUAUGGUGGUGGUGGCCAUCCCCACCACUACCACCACCACCAAAUGAUGCACAACCACAUAAAGAUCCCAUCUUGUAAUGAUGGGCCCACAAUGGCCAACCAAGGGAUGUGGACCCACAAGAAGAUGGCCAACAUCAAGUACAGGUACAGGGAAUGCCUGAAGAACCAUGCUGCUGCCAUGGGAGGGAUAGCCAUUGAUGGGUGUGGUGAGUUCAUGCCCAAUGGUGAGGAAGGAAGCCUUGAAUCCCUCACUUGCUCUGCCUGCAAUUGCCACAGGAAUUUCCACAGGAAAGAAUUGGUAGGCCAUUUCCACCACCACCACCACACCCCGGGCCCACAUCUCAAUACGAAGGUCUACCCGGUGGGCCACUACGACAACGCUCUGUCUAGUGGCCCACCCCAUCAGGCCAUCGUAUUGGAGCCACACGACGGCGGGCCAGGGGUGAAGAAGAGGUACAGGACAAAGUUCAGCCAGGAGCAGAAGGACAAAAUGGUCAAGUUUGCAGAGAGGGUAGGGUGGAAGAUACACAAGGAGGAGGAGUCAGUGGUGCAGCAGUUCUGCCAAGAAGUUGGGGUUAAGAGGAGAGUUCUCAAAGUGUGGAUGCACAACAAUAAGAAUACCCUUUGCCCCAAGAAGGGCAUGCAACUGCCCUAAACUUAUGAGACCCUUUGAAAUUAAGGGCAUGUUGCAGCAAGUGAAGAUGAUCUGAUCUCAUGUUAGCUGUGUCCUACUUUGUUUAGUUAGUUUCACUUCCACUAUGUUUGGUUCAAGAAAAUUGGAAAGAAGAG